AUGAUUUAUAAUAUUGCUGAUGAAACACCAACUGGUUCAUUAAUUGGUAAUAUAGCAGAAAGUUUAUCAUUCACUUCCAUAAGAAACUAUACACACUUAUUCAUUACAUCAAUGAAAUUUCAAUAUAUAAAUGAUUAUAUCAAAAUUACAUCCAAUGGUGAUAUCAUUACAUUACGUCAUAUAGAUCGUGAUAAUACAAAUGAUAUAUGUGGUCCAUUAAAUUGUUGUCCAUUAAUCAUAUGUCAAAUUGAAGCGAAUAUCAUUUUAACUAAACAAUGGAAUACUCAUUGGAAACAUAACUUGAAUCAAGUGAAUCAUUCAUUCAUGAAAAAUCAUCGUAUUCCUGAUGAUGAUGAUGACGAAGAACAGUUGAGACGGAACUCGAUAAAAUUGAAUGAAUCUAAUGAACAACAAACGAUGGUACAUUUAUAUAUACGAAUUAAUGAUGCAAAUGAUAAUCCACCACGUUUUUUUAUGUCAACGAAUAUGAUGAAAUAUGAUUCAUUAAAUGGUUCUCAACAAUUAUUGAAUAGACCAUUUAUUAUUUAUAUACGUGAAGGAGAUACAAGUGGAUUUGAAGGUUUACCUAUUGCUUCAGAUGCAGAUUCUGAACUAAAUGGUAUAGUGACGUAUCAACUCACUGAACAUACAAAUAAUGGAGAUCUUGUGAAAGAACCUCGAUUAAAUAUUACUAUGACAUAUGAUCAUAUCCAUUCAAUCAAUCCAAAAUUAAUACUUCUUCGAUCAUUAGAUUAUGAACAUAUAGAUGAUCGUGAAAUCUAUGCUACAUUCUAUGCAAUUGAUGGAGGUGAUCCACCUUUAACUGGUUCAUUAUCAAUUAUAGUUCGUUUAUUAGAUAUGAAUGAUAAUCCCCCUAUGAUUGAACAAUCUACAAAGGCAGAACAAUACAUUAUAUUACCAGAGAAUACAACAUUAGAUAAUAAACCAUUCUAUAUAGUGAAUGCAACAGAUGCUGAUUCUGGUGAGAAUAGUCGUUUAAUCUAUUCAUUUAGUCCAUUAGCAAAUAGUCUGAUUCCAAUGAAAUUUCAUAUUGACUCAAUCAAUGGUGCGAUUACAAUACGUGAACCACUAGAUUAUGAAGUAUAUUCUGAACGUCAAUUCUUGUUGCCAAUUAUUGUCAAGGAUUCUGGUAGUCCGCCAUUAUCCAGUACUACAUCAAUUUCUAUUCAAAUUAAAGAUAUUAGUGAUAAUAUACCAACAUUAAUGAUACAAGAGAAUAUUACGAUACCAGAAGGACAUAUAUUUACAAAACCAAUUAUACGAUUUUAUAUUAAAGAUGAAGAUGAAGUAUCUCAUGGGAAAGUAAGUUAA